AUGGCCCAAAACAAUGCUGCCGCUUCUCAACAGUUGCCUGUAGCUCCUGAACCAGGAAGUGAAGAAGCUGUGAUUGUUGGUCCUGGUUCAACACAACGGACUACUAACCAUCAACAAGGUAUUCAAGCACAACCAUCUGUGAAUCUCAAUGAAAUUGAAACAACUCCUGAUGAAGAGGUAAUUCAGUUGGGACGUCUUAAAAGUGUAGUGUGGCAACACUUUACGAAAGUAAGAGUUAAGGGUGCAAUCAAAGCUAAGUGUAACUAUUGCAAGAAGUUGCUUGGUGGUGAAUCUGGGAAUGGCACAUCUCACUUGAAAAGUCAUGUUAAGACUUGUAUGCAGAGGAGGAUUCUAGAAGGAAAACAAAAAGUACUUGGCCCUAAUUUUGUUGCGAAGGGGAAAAGGGAAAUGGUAGCAAGUCAAUUUGAUGACGAAGUUUCUAGGAAUGAGCUUGCUGUUGCCCUUGUUAUGCAUGAGUAUCCUUUAUCAAUGGUGGAUCAUAUGUAUUUCAAACGCUUUGUGUGCUCUCUUCAACCUUUGUUUAGUGUUCCAUCAAGGAAUACUAUUAAGAAGGAUAUUUUUAAGAUCUAUACUUCUGAGAAGAGCAGGAUUCAGAAGUUUAUUGACAAUAAUAAGGGAAGAAUUGCCCUCACCACUGAUAUGUGGACAGCAAGCAACCAGAGAAAAGGUUAUAUGGCUGUUACAGCUCAUUACAUUGACAAUUCAUGGGCUCUUCGAAGUCACAUUCUAAGGUAUGAUGUGUAA